AUGACGAUCAAUUUGGAGACUGUCAUUGCAACCAAUUCCAGUACAGAAAAUCAGUUAGAAACUAUUGACCUUGAGGGAGGCUUGAUCACUACCUCUUCUCAACCUUUCAGAAAGAAAUCUGACUUUUCAAGCACUGAUGUACUGAUUUGCGCUACCCAUGGCAAAAUCUAUGCUCUUCAUAAACUCAACGCCUUUGGCGGCGCUAUAUCUCUCUUUAUCGAAGAACAAAAUAAGUUAUUUGCUGGUGCUGGUGGAAAAAUUGCAUGUUUGAAUGUUUUAACAGGUGAUACAAUGUGGGUUAAUAGAAUACCUGGUUUUGGAACCGACGACGUUGCUAUAAGCUCGUCAAUAAGAAUGCCGGUAACAAAUGAUGAUGCCAUACGCGUCAGCGGAACAACUGACGAUGAAGAUUUCGAAACCAUAUCAGAGAUAGUUGAUGGCAGUGCUGACGAGGUAUCACCCGAUGUUAAUACUAGUAAGGAAAGUUUGGAGACCCAUUUGGUUUUUACAGGAUCCAGAGGAAUAGUGUUGGCAAUGAACAGCGAGACAGGUAACAUUGUAUGGUCCUAUAAUUGUCCUGGAGGUUAUUAUAAAACUCCGGUCAUCGUUGUCGAACCUUCAAACCAUCUGUCCAAGUUGCAUCCUUAUCAAGUAUUGUAUAUUGGUGCAGGCAACUGGGUUUAUUGUCUGAAGGCACGCACAGGUGGAGUACUCUGGUCUGUGAAGGUCUCUAGUAUAAAGUCUGGAGCCAAUUAUAUGGCAUUGGCAAGUACCUAG